AUGAAGGAGAGAAAACCUGCAGGCCCAGAACUAGAAGAAGGACCAGGCAGAGCCGGAAAAGCCUCCAGGGGAGUUCAGCCAGAAUACGCGACAGAGCGACCAGGAUGGGACACAUCGCAAGAGGGCAAUGCGGAACCAUCCAGGGGGGUGCAAGAGCGCUGGGAAGCCCAAUGGCAGGAGUUCCUGAAGACACUGCAGCCCCUUCACACAAAGUGGGGAAGCCCAGGGAUGUCAGAGGGUGCGGCAUGGGAUGACACCAAGGCCUUUCUGGCCUCCUUUGAGCAAGUGGCCAAGGCCUGCCGGUGGCCCAGGGGAGAGUGGGCAGCCCGGCUCCUGCCAGCCCUGACUGGGGAAGCAGAAGAGGCCUUUCAGAGCCUGGAAGCCAGAGAUCAGGAGGACUAUGGGAAAGUGAAGGCGGCCAUCUUGCGAGGGGAAGCCCUGAGGAUGGAGGCACAGCGCCAGCACUUCAGGCAAUUCUGCUGCCAGGAGGUCGGAGACCCCCGAAGGAUUCACAGCCAAGUCCAGGAGCUUUGCCGGCAGUGGCUGAAGCCGGAGAGACACAGCAAGGAGCAGAUCCUGGAGCUGCUGAUCCUGGAGCAGUUCCUGGCCAGCCUGCCAGCGGACCUCCAGGGCUGGAUCCGGGCAGGAGGGCCGGACACCUGCUCCCAGGCUGUGGCCCUGGCCGAGGACUUCCUCCUGAGCCAGCAGGGGCUGCUGAAGGAGGAGUUUGAAGAACCGUCAGAUCCUGUGAAGGGACAGAUCUACAAAGAACCCAAGCAAAACGGCAGUGGAAGCCAAUUCCCCAGCUUUUCAAAUUCUUCACUUCUUCCUGAAGAACAAGAAACGGACCAAACUGGUGUGAAAGCGGAAGAGAUAGAUGUCCGUGGAAGUCGCCUGUGUUUGCAGAUCGUCAGCCGGAGUUUGCCCCGGCCAGCCCAACAGACCACAGUCUGGCAAGUCCUAAUGGAGGACGGGGGGAAUGUAGAGCCUUUAGGCGACAGGAAGGGGAGCAAGGUCAAGAUGGAGGAUUGUCAGUAUGGAGGAAGGGAGCCACAGGCUGUGUCCGGGAAAGCAUCACAGAUGGGCCAAGCGAAUGUGCUGGAGACAGCUGAGAUGCACAAAGAAGGAUGCAAGUCCAGUAAGGGACAGGAGACGGAGGCAGAGGGAAGAGAGAAUGAAUGUCAUAAAGUCACAGAAGUUCUUACAGCUGAUGUUAGCCCCCCUUCCAAAGGACGCACAAGGGACAACAUGCCCAUGUUUUCCAAGUACGGUAGAAGAUAUCGCUACAAGUUACAACCUGAUAUGAUAGAUGCCAGGGAGGAUCAGGACGAAUGCCCCAUGACAGAUGAAAAUCUCCACCAAAAUCCAAGCUUUGAUCAGUAUCAACAAACAAUUAAAGGUGGGUGUAAAUCUGUAUUUUCUGAGAAUAGCAAAGAGGGUAAUUCGAAUGGACUUCAGAUUAACCACCCAGAAGACAAAUCUCAAACCUCUACUGAGUGUGUACAGAGCUUUAUUUAUUCAAAGUCUCUAAAGCGUAAUGAAGAAAUUCAAAGCGGGGGGAGACCAUAUGAAUGUUCUCAUUGUCGGAAAUGCUUCCACCAGAGAGAAGAAUUGAUGAAUCAUGAGCAACUACAUACUGCAGAGAGGGGGCGUGAAGAUCCUGAGUCUGAGGAAAUCUUUACUAGACAUGAGAAAAUUGAUACUAGAUUGAAACCACACAAAUGUUCUCAGUGUGAGAGGUGCUUCACUAAGAGAGACGAUUUGAGAAGACACCAGAGAAUUCAUUCUGGAGAGAAACCAUACAAAUGUUCUCAGUGUGGGAGGUGCUUCACUAAGAGAUACGAUUUGAGAAGACACCAGAGAAUUCAUUCUGGAGAGAAACCAUACAAAUGUCCUCAUUGUGGGAGGUGCUUCAGCGAGGGAAGCACCAUUUUGAAGAUCCAUCAUAGAACUCAUACUGGAGAGAAACCAUACAAAUGUUCUCAGUGUGGGAGGUGCUUCAGUAAGGGAGACAAGUUGAAGAAACAUCAUAGAACUCAUACUGGAGAGAAACCAUACAAAUGUUCUCAUUGUGGGAAGUGCUUCACUGUGACAAGAAGUUUGAGAAGACACCAGAGAAUUCAUCUGGAGAGAAACCAUACAAAUGUUCUCAGUGUGGGAAGUGCUUCGGCGUGA